AUGAUCCAGACCGAUAUGCCAUUUGUCGGCGUCCCGGCUGGGCCCGGCGGAACGGCAUUUGGGUCCGACUAUGGGAGCGGCACUCUUGAAUGGGACCUCGACCUGUUCACUCCCCACUCGAGCGCCGUCGACCCCCGCGCCAUGUCACUUGACUAUUCGACACACUCUGAUAUUGACCAUGCGCUGCAAGCGCUGCACGCUGCGAAUGCGGCACCGGCGGAAGCUACUGCAGACGACGGCGAGUACCACGAAGGGGGGUACUUGUACGCUGCGCCUGGCGACUCAUUCAACCCCCGCUUCAGGGCCGACUCUGUGUCGUCUGCCCACUCGCUCGACAUGCUGGGCGACUAUCUGUACGACAGCACACCGCAGUACUCGACACCGCAGUACUCUGAAGACUCGAUGUCCCCGGAUGGCGGGCCGUCGUUUGAUCUGAUGAGCGCACUCUCGGCCUUGUCUGCGCCCGAUGCUGUGCCCGACUACGCAGCCUCGCCAUUCCACGGAUCUCCCCAGCCGUUCUCGGCCUCGUCGCCGUUCCUGGUGCCGACGACGAGCGGAACGGUGUCGCCGACAGCGAUCUCGAAGCCGCAGUACGGAGAGCUCGAUGACCUCGUGGGCUCGUUUAAUUUCCAGCAGCAAUUUCCGUUCAUGGAGCCAGCUGCCCCCCGCGGCAUCGUCCGUCGCGAUGGCUUCCCGAUCCGUCAGCCCGAGCCAGUAGCGCCCCUCUCGGUCGACAGCACUCUCUCCAGACUAAAGUUGGAACAAUUCCCUGCUCCGGAAGCGUCGGCCGACCUCCAGUCGUUUAUCCGACCCUAUCUCGACCAAUACAUCAAUUCCCGCAAUCGCAUGGCCAUGGGCGAGCGCAGCAUCAUUGUCAUGUCCUCCAAGGUCGCUCAAAAGUCAUACGGCAGCGAGAAGAGGUUCCUCUGCCCUCCCCCCACAGCCAUCCUCAUCGGCAACCAGUGGUGGUCCGAGAGUCGACAUGGCGACGAGACAAAGCUCGCUGCCCCCAGGAUCGUCAUCUCGAUGAGCGGUGAGGCUCCCCCCCAGGAGAGCUCCAUUGAAUGGAACACCACCUCGGGCAAGCCAUUCGACGUCAAUGAGCCCUUUUCCGACGACACUACUCAUAUCGGUCGCUCCAUUGGCAAGCACUUGUUUAUUUCCACCGACGACCAGGAGCGCAAGAAAAAAGUCGAGGCCCUCGUCAAGAUCACCGCCCCAGCCGAAGACGGCGAGCCCGAGCGCGUGAUUGGCACUUUCCCCUCCCGCCCCAUCCAAGUCAUCAGCAAGCCCAGCAAAAAGCGCCAGAGCGCAAAGAACUUGGAACUCUGCGUCAACCAUGGAUCGACAAUCUCCCUCUUCCACCGUCUCCGUGCCCAGACCGUUUCUACAAAAUACCUCUGUGUUUCCGGCUCCGGUGCCUCUUUCAAGGGUUCCGAUGGUGCUCCUUUGCCUGGCAUUGACCCCAGGCAGCGCGGCACCACUCCUUCGUUUGUCGCAAGGACAGGCCAGUGGGACUCCUUUAUUAUGUACAUCGUCGAUGUCAAUAAGCCCACAAGCGGACAUGACACUCCUCCCCCUCCCCCUCCUCAUCCCGACUACCCCUCGCCCCCAGCCAACGCGAUCCCGUACUCGGCCAACGGCGCACCCAUUCCGAUUUACUACAACCAGACCGUUGUGCUCCAAUGCUUGAUCUCGGGUGUCGUUUCCCCAGUGUUGAUCAUCCGCAAGGUCGAAAAGACCACCAUCGCAGUCGGUGGUGGUCUCCAAGACGGUGCCAAGGGUGUUCCCGACCAAUACUGCGCUCCCGGUGAAGUGUGCGGAGACCCAGUCUCGCAACUUCACAAGGUUGCCCUCGAGGUCUACGAGCCCAACAAGGGCGCACCUGAACCGGGCACCCCGGGCGUCUCGGGCCCCUUCCUCUCGUGCAUGGGUGAAAAGGUCAACACCUACCGCCCAGUCGAGGGACGCCAAUGGCAUGGUCACCCGACCGGAUCUUCUCCCGGAUCUCACCCGCCUAGCCUCCCCGAUUCACCCCGGUGCAACGACCCCCGACUACCCACCUCCAACGACGGAGGCCGCGUCAGACGCAUGCACAAACGCCACUCGAUCUCGGGAUCCUUCACCACCAAGCCGAUCCCCAAGAACCGACGACGCAUGAACUCGGUUGGCGGCGGUGCGGCCGGAGCAGGUGGCAGACCCGAAAAGGAGCUCUCGUCCGGUGCCCUCUGGAGCGUCGACACGAGCGAGACCGCGGUUUGGACGAUCGUCGGAACCGACCAAGUGCGAUACAACUUUUUCGUACCGCCUACAUUGUACGACUCUCCAAUCUCGUCGUUUUCGGGUGUUCCCUCGAAACCGAUCACGCCCUUCCCGGGCUUGGUCAAGUACCUUGCUCCCGACCGUGCGGCCGAGGUCCCGAAGCCGAAUUGCGCCGCUGCGCGAGCUGCCAUGUCCAAGCCCAACCCACACGCGGGCAAACAGCUCACUCUGUACGGCGAGAACUUGAAAGCCCAUCCUAUGAUGGUCUACUUUGGGACCGAACCGAGCCCGAGUGUCGAAGUGAGGUGUAACGAGGUCAUGGCGUGUCUACCCCCCGCCGGGGAUAACGGCGGACGAAAACGGCCGAUCGUGUUGGUCAGGAGCGAUGGAGUGGUGUUCCCUACUGGUGUCAUGUACCCAUGA